AUGUUCUCGGCCAUUCAUCUCUUUACCUACCCAACCUCGACUUCAGGAAAAACAUACCUCGUAAGGUACGGUCCUAUCACAUUUCCAGUCACUUGGUCAGAAUCAUAUUUGGAAGUGAUUGCUGACAUAGAUGCGCAUUACUUUGCAACACAGGGGCCUCUGCAAGAUGACGAAGAUGACGGGGACUCAACCAUCGGAAGUGAUGCCGCGAGCUCAACUGCCUCGAUUAGUUCGAGUAUCCUCCAUUACCGGACCUUGAAUGGCCGAACAUAUCAUAGCGAUAGCGUAACCGAUGGAGAGUAUUGCCAUCAUGCAAUGACUGUUUGUCUGGAUGGCACACUUUAUAAUGCCCCUCUUCCAGAAAAGAUUGAGAAUGCCAUUGAUCUUGGCACAGGCACAGGUACGCCAACUCUCUGCACUGUCUUGGCGACUGUUUCCUCAAAUACUAACUCCCGUCGACAUUCAGGACUGUGGGCCAUCGAUUUUGCCGAUAAAUUCCCUAACUGUACCGUUAUGGGUACCGAUAUCUCACCUAUUCAACCCGGUUGGGUCCCUCCCAAUAUCCGUUUCGAAAUUGACGAUUACAACAAGGAAUGGAUCUACAAGUCCGGUUUUUUCGACUACGUCCACCUCCGUUGGCUAGCCUGUACCGUCAAGGAUUGGCCUGCCUUUUAUAGGGAGGCUUACCGCGUUUGUAAGCCGGGCGGUUACAUUGAACAUAUGGAUCUCAACGGAGUGACCGAAUGCGACGAUAGUUCCCUAGAUGGCGCUGUUCGUGCUAUGCACCAAUGGGGGCCUAUGUGGCACGCGGCUGGAAGGAAGGUUGGGUAUGAAGUUGAUAUGCUUAGCAACAACUUCAUAGAGAACGGGAUGAAGGAGGCCGGUUUCGUGAACACAGUAGUGAAGGAUUAUAAGGUCCCUCUUUCCCCCUGGUCCACGGACCCCAAGUUGAAGGAGCUUGGUCUCUUCUUCCGUGCUGCCAUUUUUCAGGAUCUUGAAGGAUCUCUCCAGUUUAUGUGGGGUAAGAUGAUGGGGUGGACUCCAGAGAUGAUCAGAAGCUAUGCCCAGCAUUUUACGAGUGAGUUGAGGAACAUGGACCUUCAUCCGUACUUCGUCUUCCGCGUGGUGUACGGCCAGAAGCCAUUGGAUGCUUAG